AGCACCUGAGGCACCUGAGGUUCCCCCAUCAGCACCUCAUGCCAGCACCUCCUCCCAAGCUGAGCAACCAAGUUACUCUAUGAUUUUGGCCAGGUUGGAAAAGGUUGAAGGGCAACAAAGUGCCCUUAUUAAAGGUCAGUCCGAGAUCUUGGGACAAUUGCAGAAGUUGAUGACAAUGAUGGAAGAUCUUAGUAGGCCAGCUCCAGAUCCACACCCUCAGUCCACUGAAGAAGGCCCUCAAUCUCCUGUAGAUGAAGACAUUCUCCCUAACGAUUACAGACCUGAUGAUGUAGAUGAUCACAUUUUUCUCACACCAGAGGAUAUGCAAGUUACUGUAAUCGGAGAUACUGAAGAUUCUGAAGUACAAUUCUUAGACAUAGCUCCACCAGCACCGGAGAAGAGGAGAGAAAGAAAGAGGCCUAGGUGGUUCGAUGAGUACACUGCAAUGAAGAAAAGGAAUAAGAAAUCAAAGACAACAGUGAAUGUGGAUCCAUUGAGGGUUGUUGAUGGCAAAUUACUUAUGACCUUUCACAAGUGGUUGCUUGGCACCAUUGGGAAUAAAUAUCUGAGGGAAUGCUUCUCAGGGACACACGAUGCUGCUUGGUUCCUGAAACUGCAUACUCCGAGGACAUGGCUUUCUGACUCUCAUUUAGAUGCAGCAUUCCAUCUCAUGAGGAGGCGUCUACAAUUUUAUCCUGACGUGUACCCUCAGAACUGUGUUGUUAUGCCUACAGUUUUUCCCGAAUCAUUGAAGGCUCGGUGGGACGCUUUUCCAGGUUCUGACUACUCUAGCUUUAGUUGGGAUGACAGUAUAUUGGACUUGGUUAGGGGUGAUGCAGUCCAAUUCUUACCGAGUUGGCAGAACAAGGAGUUCAUUUAUUUUGCCCUCUUCUUGAAAGACCAAUUGCAUUGGGUAGCUGUAGAGGCAAACAUGAAUGGGUGGAUGUUCAACAUCUUUGACUCCAGUAUUGGAUCAAUUUCCGAAAACGAUUUGAUCAGUUUGAUGGUUGACUGGUGUACCAUUUUCCCGUCGGUCUUGCAACAUUCCGGUUUAUUUGAGAACCAUGACGUUAUACUCGCGCCUCAGUUGACAGCAUCAGAGAGCCAGGUCAGACCCUUCGAUUGGAAACUCAGUCCACGUGAAUUCGUACCGCAAACAAAAUCCAGGUGA